GUUAUAUCAUAAUAAGAUUUAAUCACAGUAAAUUCCAGUUUAUAUAAUAACAUUAAAAAUACCUAAGGCCAAAAAAAAAAAAAAAAGGAGUAGAUGAUGAGUGUCCACUUUUGCCUUUACUGACAUGGGAGUUUUUGGACAUUUAUGCACUGUGACUGUUGCCAGAGACCCAUUAUUUUUCAUCCACUGCGCUCUCCCCCACUCUGCUCAACACACACACACACACUCACACACUACCCCUAUCUAUCUUCAUGUCACUCACCCAGCCACCUGUAACUCUUCAGUAAUCACCGCCACCUCACCGGAAAUCGACAACCCGACAACCCAAAAAUCAUACAUUGAGGAAGAAGAAGAAGAAGAGGAAAAAAAAGAGUUUCAGGGGAAGGGAAAAUAUAAAAUGUCUUCUUCUUUAGGCCUACUGCUUCUGCUUCUCUCAGCUGCCGGCUUGUUACUAUUGCAGCCGGUGGAGUCCAUCGGAAUUAACUACGGUCAGGUGGCAAACAACCUCCCUUCCCCUGAGAAUGUGGUCCCACUGGUGAAAUCCAUGGGGGCAACCCGAAUCAAGCUCUACGACGCGGAUCCCAAAGUGCUCAAGGCCUUCGCCAACACCGGCGUCGAGUUCAUCGUCAGCAUCGGCAACGAGUAUUUGGGCAAGAUUUGCCGGGACCCGAAACAAGCUCAGGCCUGGAUCAAGACCAACGUCCAACCUUACCUCCCCGCCACCAAAAUCACCGCCAUCGCUGUCGGCAACGAGGUCCUCACCUACAACGACACCGCCCUCUCCGGCAGCCUCUUCCCCGUCAUGCAAUCCGUUUACUCCGCCCUCGUCGACCUCAACCUCCACAACCAAAUCUGCGUCACCACCGCCCACAACCUCGGCAUCCUCCAGACUUCUUACCCGCCCUCUGCCGGCAAAUUCCGGCCGGAUCUAGUCCCCUGUUUGACCGCCAUUGUUAAUUUCCACCUCAAGACCGGCUCCCCUUUCCUCAUCAAUGCUUACCCUUAUUUUGCUUACAAGGGAUCCCCAAAGCAAGUCUCUCUGGAUUUCGUCCUGUUUCAGCCCAGCUCCGGCGUACUGGAUCCGGUCUCCAAACUCCAUUACGACAACAUGCUUUUCGCUCAGGUCGACGCCGUUCACGCGGCCUUGGAAUAUCUGGGGUUUAAGAAGGUUUGUGUACAGAUCUCCGAGACCGGGUGGCCGUCAAAAGGGGAUUCUGACGAGCCCGGUGCGACGCCGGAAAAUGCAAAGAUUUACAACGGCAAUUUAUUGAAGCUGAUUUCAUCUAGAAAGGGGACACCCAUGAGGCCCGAUACCAAUUUGAACAUCUACUUUUUUGCUCUGUUCAAUGAGAACAUGAAACCCGGCCCGACUUCUGAGAGGAACUACGGGUUUUUCAAACCCGAUGGUUCCCCAGCUUACGCUCUAGGAUUCAACGGAACCAGCUUCUCCUCCGGCGGCAGCAGUAGCAGUAGUUCUAAUAGCUCCGGCAACUCGCAGCCUUCCUUGUCGCCUCCGGCCAGCUCUUCCAAUGGAUACUUGGCUAUAACCUCCAAUGCCGUGGUAAGGUUUCCAACACCCUUUUCCGUUUUUUUUGUUGUUGUUGUUUUUUGGGUGCAAUUAAUUAUUACUGUAUUAGUUAAUUAAUUGAUGAAAUAAAUAUCUUUUCUUUUUCUCGUGUUCUUUUUGUUUCAUUUGGUGGAAGAAAAAUUGGUCGCCCCAUGGGCCGCCGCAGGUUUCCUAACUGUUAAUCUCAAUCUGUUAAUCUCAAUCAUAACUAUUAAUGUGAAAGACCGAAAAAGAAAUUAAAAAAAUAAAAUAAAAAAUGAAACUAAUCCCUUCGUUUCUGUUUUUUAUGGUUCAGGGAAAACGUGAUCUUCAGCAGAGGCAACAAUUGCGCUUGUUCCUCAUCAUAUCUCUGCUACUCGUCUUGGCCAUUCACCUCCCAUUAGAUCAUUCUUAAACUUAGAAUUGCCUCUGUUCUCUUAUUCUAAAAUGAUAUAUGUGUAUUUGUUGGCGGAGUGCUCGGAGAUAGUAUUGAUUAGAUGAGUAUUUUUUUUUUUUAGUUUUUACUGGGCAUUUUGCUUCAAUCGCCAAUUUGUUAUUUGUUGUAGUUUAAAGUUAUCUUUUCCCCCACUCUCUUUAGCCAACAGGAACCCAAAAAAAAAUUAAAAAAGAACCUUAAUCGAUGUACUCCAC